AUGUCCGCUUUACAGAACAAGUUCAAGGCUCGAUUAUCCGGGUCAAGAUUUCGCAUUCUAAACGAAGAACUAUACACGACUACUUCACAGACGGCCUUUCAAAGAUUCUCGAGUAACCCCGAGUUGUACGAUCAAUACCACGAAGGCUUCCGGCACCAGGUCGAACAAUGGCCGAUCAACCCAAUCGACGUCAUCGUCCAAACACUUCGCAAUCAGGUCGGCAGCAAGAGAUCCGACAACAAGAUCAUUAUUGCCGAUUUUGGAUGCGGGGAUGCCCAGCUGGCGACACAGCUUUUGAAAGUUAGUGUCAUGGGAAGUUGUCCAUUUGAGGUCCAUUCGUUUGAUCUCGUCGCGUCCUGCAAUCUGGUUACGGCAUGUGACAUGUCCAAUGUCCCGUUGAACGCGAAGGUCGUGGAUGUUGCUAUCUUCUGUCUUUCACUGAUGGGAACCAAUUUAGCCGACUUUGUUCGCGAAGCGCAUCGGACCUUGAAGGACACUGGUCGACUCAAAAUUGCGGAAGUUCGGUCGCGUUUUGAAAGCCGCUCGGGCAAGGAUGAAUUAAAGGAUUUCAUCGACGUGCUGGACAAGCUUGGUUUCGAAUGUAUCAAAACGGACCGGUCGAACAAGAUGUUCGUGUUGCUUGAUCUGACAAAGAAUGGUAAGCCUCCAAGGAAGGAAAUAGAAUUCACUGCGAAACCUUGCAUAUAUAAGCGAAGAUGA